AUGCCCAACUCCACCUCCCAUAGCUCUGAGGAUGACACCAGCAGCGAUGACCACAUCGCCCAACAGAUCGAAAACGAUUUUGACGAUCGUUUCGCUGCCGCAAUGGAUGCUCAAAUCGAAGGUCAGCUACUUGGCACGUCUCGCUGCCGCCGCCGCCCCGGCGGUACCCGAAGAUACAUAGAAAGAAAUCGUGAAGAAGCCCAUCAACGUCUAGUGGCAGACUACUUCUCUGAUGCACCAGUCUACACCGAUGCUAUGUUCCGUCGUAGGUAUCGGAUGAGAAGGCCCUUAUUUCUGCGUAUUGUGGAAGCACUUGGUCAGUGGUCUCCAUAUUUUCGUCAAAGGACAGAUGCCUUAAAUAAAAAAGGAUUCUCACCUCUACAGAAAUGCACAGCAGCUAUGCGGAUGUUGGCUUAUGGUUGCGCUGCUGAUUCCCUUGAUGAAUCCCUCCGAAUUGGUGCAAGCACAGUAUUAGAGAGCUUAAAGAAAUUUGUUAAAGGAGUGAACGAGGUAUUUGGUCCAGAUUAUCUUCGAAGAGCCACACCUGGAGACAUUCAACAAAAGCUUCAAAUGGGACAAGCUCAUGGCUUUCCAGGCAUGCUGGGGAGCCUUGAUUGCAUGCACUGGGAAUGGAAAAAUUGUCCUACAGCAUGGCAAGGACAAUUCACUCGUGGUGAUUACGGAGUCGCUACUGUCAUGCUUGAAGCAGUCGCCACUCACGACCUUUGGAUAUGGUAUGCCUUUUUUGGUGUCGCAGGAUCAAACAACGACAUUAAUGUCCUGAACCAAUCGCCGUUGUUCACUAAAGUCCUGCAAGGGAGAGCUCAUCCGGUUCAAUUUGUUGUGAAUGGAAAGCAGUACAAGAUGGGUUACUACUUGGUGGAUGAAAUAUAUCCUGAAUGGGCAGCAUUUGUCAAAUCAAUUACUGCCCCUCAAAGUGCUAGAGAUAAAUUAUUUGCAAAGAAACAAGAAGCGGCGAGAAAGGAUGUUGAACGGGCAUUUGGAGCUUUACAAUCUCGCUUCGCCAUCCUACGAUAUGCAGCCCGUUAUUGGCACCGAUCAACACUUAGCGAAAUCAUGUAUGCUUGCAUUAUAUUGCAUAACAUGAUAGUUGAAAAUGAACGAGAUUCGUAUACUCAUGCUGGCAGGUAUGACUUGAAUUAUGAUCAGGGGGGUGAUCAUCCUAUACCAGAAGCAGAGUACCACCAAGGACCUAUUGAUGGGUUCAACAAUCUGCUGGAAAGAAAUGAUGACAUCCGUGAUAGAUCGAAGCAUAUCCGACUGAAAAAAGACUUAAUUCAGCAUAUUUGGGAUAGAUUUGGAGGUGGUCAGUCGAACAAUUAG